AUGGAGAAUUUUCGAACCACCUACAACAACAAUACCACCUCUGCGAAUGAAGCCCUUCAGAACUUGGGGGCAAUGUUCAAGAAUGAGAAGCUCAAUCUGGAAAAAGUUUGCACUGGGCUGCAGCAAGACCAUGCAUCGUUCCAAACAUCCCUUACUUCGCAGAUUACAAAGCUUCAUGAUAAUUUGGCGAUGGAAAGCGCAGUGCAAACUUGCAUUACUGAUGUUACCAGUUUUCUCUCUGAUAUCAUUGAGACCAGGGACUCAAUGAUCUCCAUUACGGUUCGAAAACACCUUGCUGAGAAGUUAAGCCAUGUCUUCGCAAUGUUAUAUCGGUUGCAGGGUGUUUCUCCUCAGUCUUCUAAACAAAAACAAGGGGAGAAGGUGCAGGGUAAGGAAAAGCUGACUGGUGAAGAGCCGAUUAUUGAUGAUGAUGAAGAUAAAGAGCCUGAUGAAGCUGAACUUAAAAGGCAGAAGGAUUGCGACGCUGAACUUAAUGAAACUCAGGGAAUCGUCAAAGAGGCUAAAGAGAAAGAAAGAGCAGAAAUGGAAGCUCAGGCCAUUCUCAAGAGCAGAACGCUAUUAUUUUCUAAGUUUCGUGCUUUUGUGAAGGUUGCGAAUGCACCUUUCACAGACAACAAUGCUGAUCAGAUGUUGUUCUCUUUUUACUUAAAGCACAUGAAGCCCCAUUUAAGGUUGCAAGAGGAUCAACAUGUCAGGCCUACGAAUCCACUCUUGCAGACUUGCCUUGCUUUGAAUCCUAAUGACUGGAUCAUUCUUUACAACAUAUUGCUACAAGAAAAAGAUAAGUACAAGCCUGUGAUGUCCUAUCUUCAACUUAUGAUCAAAUUGUAUAUUCAAGAAGUUGGUUCGAUGGAUGUGGAUAUUGCCACAGUUCUGAAGAAGAAGCCAACAGCUGCUCCUAAGGAAGCUCCGAAAGACUUGUAA